AGGUCAAGGGGGCUCCUGAGACUGCCUCAGAGGGGUGUCCAGCGCCAGGACCAGAGAAAGGCAGAGACAAGAGAGACACGGCAAAGGGAAGUCACAGACAGAAAGAAAGAGAAAGAUCCAAAAGGGACAAGGACCUCAACAUUUAUCUACACAGCCACAGAGGCAGCUGGAGCGAGCCCUGGGAGAAGCUCGGCUGCCUAUCUGUCCCCAUGGGCCACCUUGGGCCAUGGCUGCACACCUCUGUCCUCUGGGCUGCUGCGGCCAGCCUGCUCCUCCCCCCGGCCAUGACCCAGCAGCUGAGAGGGGCCGGGCCAGGCCCCAGCAACUGGAACAACAAUGCAGGCGUCCCAGGGCCCUCAGAGGACACGUCCGGCAAGUUUGGCCACCCCAUCCACAGCCAUAGAGGCCAAGUAGAUGAGAACAAGGGUGUUUCCACAGAGGGUGGGCAUCAAUUCCAGAGCCACAGAGACCACGGAGAAGAGGAUGAAGAUGUCUCCAGGGAAUAUGGUCACAGUCACGGACUCCAAGGCCACAGGUACCAAGGGCAUGAGGUCGGAGACGAGAACGUCUCUGAUGAGGAGGUCUUCACAGAGCGUGCGUGGCAGGCCCACGGGCACAGAGGCCAUGUGAAUGAAGACACGGACGAUUCAGCUGAGCAUGGCCACCACGUCCCUAGCCACAGGACUCAUGGCCAUCGAGAUGAGGAUGAAGAUGAGGACGAAGUUGUGUCCAGUGAGCAUCACCAUCAUAUCAUCAGGCAUGUACACGGAGGCCACAGAGAGGAAGAGGGUGAUGAAGAUGAGGAGGAGGAGGGUGUCUCCACUGAGUACAGACACUACACUCACAAGCACCAAGGCCACGGGAAGGAAGAGGCGGAGGAUGUCUCAGAUGAGCAUCACCAUCAUGUCCCUGGCCACGGACAUCAAGGCCACUUAAAAGAAGAAGAAGAAGAUGUAUUCUCUACUGAGUAUAGAUACCAGGCCCACAGGCACGGAGGCCACGGGGAGGAAGGGGAUGGCAUCUCCGAGGAACACCAUCACCACAUCCUCAGCCACAGACACCAAGACCGUGGAGACACGGAAAAUGAGGCUGGGCCCACUGAGCGCUGGCACCAGGGUCCCGGACAUACCCACGACCUUGGAGAUGAGGAGGAGGAGGAGGAGGAGAUCACAGUCAAGUUCCGCCACCACGUCGCAAGCUACCAACCCCACGCCCACAAGAGCUGGGGGGAGGAGGGCUUCCCAGGCGAGGCCGACGCACCGAUCCCCGGCCCUCACCAGCAUGGAGACGCCGAGGAGGAGGGGGAGGACUUCUCUGUCAGGCUGGGCCACCAGGCUGCCAGCCGCAGGGAACAAGGCCACAGAGAUGAAGGGACUGGCCACAGAGGAUCCACCAAAGAGGUUAGCCCCCAGCCCCCGGAACAUACGGAGGUUAAGGGUAAAGAUAAUUUGAAGGAUAGAGAUUCCGAGGAGGAAUCAGAAGAGGAGAAGGAAGAGGAGCGCGGCUCCCAUGAGCAAGAUGAGGAUGGUCCAGAGCAGGGAGAAGGCCCCCGCCAUGGCAGGCGGGACCAGGAGGAUGCGGAAGACGAGGAGGAAGGUCAUGGUCUCAGCCUCUUCCAGGGGGAGCAGGAGCGGGAGGAGGAAGGGGGCGAUGGGGAGAGGCGGGGAGAGAGGGCUGAGGUUCACGCCCCCCUGAGCCAAGGCCAACAGGAGGAGGAAGAAGAGGAGGGGCUGGAGGAAGAGCUCCCCUUCACCAUCAUCCCCAACCCACUGGCCAGGAAGGAGGUGGCUGGAGGGGGCAGCAGUGAGGAGCGUGGUGAGGACGCUGGUCCGCAGGACGCCCAGGAGUACGAGAACUACCAGCCGGGGUCCCUGUGUGGCUACUGCACCUUCUGCAACAGAUGCACUGAAUGUGAAAACUGUCACUGCGAUGAAGAGAACAUGGGAGAGCACUGCGACCAGUGCCAGCACUGCCAGUUCUGCUACCUCUGCCCGCUGGUCUGCGAAACUGUCUGCUCACCCGGAAGCUACGUCGACUAUUUCUCCUCGUCCCUAUACCAGGCCCUAGCGGACAUGCUGGAAACUCCAGAAUCCUGACCCGGCCGCGCGGCUGCGGCGCAGACGCACCUCCCUGGCCAUCCAACCCUUCCCACGAGCCAUAUUUAUUUCUCUGAAUAAACGCGCUCCCCAAAA